CCUUAUGCAACCGAAGCCCUCAUCUGCCCCGUCUCUGAAUUACCUGCUGUUGUUGAACCAGGAAGAAGGAUUUCGCUCCUCUGCUUCUUUUCUAUCUCUCAUCAGAAUCCAUGGCUGGUUCUUCAAGAGCUGCCUCGGUUUCCCUUUACAUCGCAUUCCUUCUCUUCGGCUUCUCUGCGGCUAAGGAAGUCUUGAUCGGAGGCAAGAACGAUGCGUGGAAGAUACCAUCCUCUGAAUCAGACUCCCUCAACAAAUGGGCCGAAAGAUCUCGUUUCCAAGUCGGCGAUUAUCUCGUCUGGAAAUAUGAUGGUGGGAAAGACUCGGUCUUGCAAGUGAGCAGGGAAGAUUAUGGUGACUGCAGCACCGCCAAUCCCAUCAAGGAGUACAAUGACGGAAACACCAAGGUGAAGCUCGACCGCCCUGGGCCAUUCUACUUCAUUAGCGGGGCUAAGGGACACUGUGAGGAGGGCCAGAAGCUCAUUGUGGUGGUUAUCACUCCCAAGCGUAGGUUUACUGGUAUUUCUCCGGCACUUGCCCCGGCUCCAGCCCCGACGGAUUUUGAAGGCCCAGCUGUAGCUCCCACUAGCAGCGCCUCAGCUUUAAAAGGUGGCCUCGCGGCAGUUCUGGGAUUACUGACCAUUUGGGCUUUCUGAUGUGAACGCCUAUUCUUUUUACAUCUCUAUUAUGUAUAAGAUUGUCAGAACGAAGCAUAUUCAUUAUUACCAUUGUUGUUAUAAUUAUUAUUCUUUUUUUGGGGAUUUUUCAUAUGUAUGUAAAAGUUUACUUUUAGAUUUUUCAUAUUUUUUUAAUACAUAUCCCAACGGAAGUGAUGAGAAAUUCUUACAAAGUAGUAGUA